AAGAGCUGAAGGGAACAGACAUUAUUAGUGCACAUAAGAUGUGCCAAGAUGAUGCCACACUGUGGUGGAGCAGGUGAGACCUAAAAAUGAGAUACAUUGUCCAUAAAUUACUAUUAGAAACACCCAAAAAUAUAUUGUUUUCUUUUUAUGUUUUUUUUUUUUACAUUUAUUGAAUACGUUUUAAGAAAUAGAAGCUCCAUAACAAAAAGCUAGACAACAGAAGAAACAGCACCUACAUCAUUACUGUCAAGCAAUCUUGAUUCUAUUAUUAUGCAAAUGAGUAACAUGACCAAACCAACAUGCACUCACCAGUGUUACAUGACCUACAUUUGCAUAAUUGAACCUGAUCGACUCAAGCAUGAUGCAAUAACACUUGGUUGUCAGAUCCACUUUCACUGACUUUUACAGCUUUAUAUCUAAAAAAAUUGUUUGGGCAAAAAACACUUUCACGCUGUGACCUCCGAAGCAGAACCUGAAAUAGGUUAUUAUGGUGUCAGUAUAGCAAUAAUAUCUUGAAAUAAUGAAAUCUUAAGACAAAAAAAUGACAGCGUAAAUGUAUUUUAUUUCUUACAGCUCAGGGCUUUCAUAAAAUAUUUUCUUUUAGGGUUUUGAAUUGCAAAUACUGUUAAGACACAAAUAAUAUCUUAUAGGUUUCCUUAUUUUAAAAAAUCCUAGCAGUAAGAUAAAAGUUUAUAUAUUAACAUACAUAAGAGCAAAACACAUUUGUGUAGAUAGUCAGAUCUUGGCUCAUACUGUGAAAAAGGUUUUUGCAGUGCUUUCUUUUGCCAUUAGAUGGCGUUACAGAUUUAGAGCAGGAAAAAACCCUCCUGAAUCUUAUUUCUUAUUUUACAAUUUUUACAAUUCUUAUUUUACAUUGUAAAUGUAGAUAUACCAAGUCCUUAUACUGACAUGAUCAGUGAUGGAGUAAUCUGGUCUUAAUUUGUGCUUAAUUCACUAAAGAGCUCUCAUUUUUUAAUAGAAAUGUGGUGUCUUAGCUUGUGCUGUUUUUCAGUGAUGACAGAUGUUUCCUUCUGAGUUUCCACUUCUAAGAAAGCUUUGGGUUAAUAUAUGGCAGUGUGAUGGUCUAAUUAACUGAUCCUUCACACCCUGUUUUCCAACAUGUCCAGAAAUGCUCAGCAUCUCUGAUCAUCAUAUACAGCCUGGUUAAAGAAAGAAAGAACACCAAAGUAUAAAGAUUGAGAGAGCUCGUUGUCCAAACAGACAUUCAAGACUGACAGGAAUGGACUCGUAGCAGAACACUGAGUGGACUUUUUGACAGUGCAACAGUGUUGAAGUAUCUUAGAUGUAGGAAUUCUCAAUAUUCAUUGCAAGAAAAGCCUUUGUUAGGCUAGAAAACAUCUGACAUGAUGGUCUCUUUUCAUCGGUUAUGUGUUUUGUAUGAAAUAAAAUGACCUAUUAAAUUAACAAUCAUCUUCGAGGACGGAUAUAUGGAUCUUAACAGAUAAACAAUUGUUGAAAUAUGUACUGUAUGUAGUGCAUUGCUGGAAAGGUCUUUGUUGAUUCUACACUUCAGCAGGUGGCCAUUUUGAACUGAAUGAAAGCUAGAGACAGGGUGUGGCUAUGUGUGACACCAUAAUUGUACUAUUGUCUCUUUUUAUACUCUUUUUGUCCAAAUCCUUACAGUAUUAAGAAACAUAUCACAGCUAUGAAGGCAUCAUAUUCUCAAUUAUGCAUGUUUUCUUUCUUUUUUCUAUGCAUAAUUAUUAGGUGUCAUGUCUUAAUCUGCUCUUGAAUUUGCUCUCAAAUUUCCAUCCCACCAAUUUUCUGCAACUGAAUAAGUGCACAUGAAGCAAAAAAGAAGAAAAGUGAAAAGGGAGAAGUGUCAAGGUUUAAUGUUGUUUCGCUAAAUGUAUGUCCAUGUCCCUGACUAACACGUUUGUAUCCACACCCACAAUCUGGUUUUAACCAAUCAGAAAUGCUCUUCCAUUAGCUUGCUUGAGGAAUUUCUUUAUGCUUAUGCUCGCGAGAAGUGCAGACACACACACACACACACACACACACACGCACACACACGCCAUCAUGACCAUCAUCAUCAACAUUAUCAUCAAGGCUGAUCACCACUCUGGAGAUGUAAUGGCGUUGCCUUAUAGACUGCGCGCGGGUAUAAGAAGCAUCAAUUAAGCGUCAUAGUGUAUUUAAGAGGCAGCGCGCGCUGCACAUUGCGCACAUCAUACGCGUCUGUGUGCAAGAAUAAAGGACGUUUUCCCCCCCAUAUCUAAUCAAGCGAGUUAAAUAGGCAAUAGGGAAUUAGAUCCAGACCGAUUUGAAUGGAAAAAGUGUUUUUUUCUUCUUCCUGCAUUUUUGUUUGCAUUGCCAGAUCUCUGGCAUGACGCACGAGUGGUGACUACGUGUCGGUUCAUCGAGCUCUCAGCACCGAAUUCGGGUUUAACGUGUGGCACGGUUUAGAUGCUGCCUGUCAUUUGACGCGCUCUUUACGUGGAUUAUAUUUGCAUGCUAAGUUUUCUGUUUGGUCAGGUUUCUAUACCUAGGAUGGAGUGAAACAGGGCAGCCCGCGAGGUAAGGAGAGCAAAUCAGAUCCGCUGCGAUCAAGCGCGCGAGGCUUUUUUUUUUUUUUGGUAUUCAUUGUGAAAGAAAAAAAAAAAACAGUGAUGGAAACUGUGAAUCACAGCAAGCGGGAUCGUUGUCAUUUUUCUGAUGCUUGUUGACUCCGAUGCCAGUAACCUGUUGGAUAUACCCGCAUGUCUAGGAUGGCUCGUUUCGGCGACGACGCGUCUGGGCGCUAUGGACCUGCACCGGGCGCGGGGAGAGGAGGUGCGCGGCCGGGAGGCGCACCGGGCACUCAGAGGCUCUACAAGCAGUCGAUGGCUCAGAGAGCCCGGACAAUGGCUUUGUAUAACCCUAAGCAGACUAAGCAGAAUUGCUUCACUGUCAACCGCUCGCUGUUCAUCUUCAGCGAGGACAACGUGAUCCGGAAAUACGCCAAGAGGAUCACCGAGUGGCCUCCAUUUGAAUACAUGAUCCUUGCAACCAUCAUUGCCAACUGUAUUGUACUGGCGUUGGAGCAACAUCUGCCGGUUAAUGACAAGACACCCAUGUCAGAACGCCUGGACGACACAGAGCAUUACUUUAUCGGGAUAUUCUGUUUCGAGGCUGGCAUUAAGAUCAUCGCCCUGGGCUUUGUCUUUCACAAAGACUCCUACCUUCGUAACGGCUGGAACGUAAUGGACUUCGUGGUUGUCCUCACCGGGAUUUUGGCCAAGGUGGGUUCGGAUUUUGACUUAAGGACACUGCGGGCUGUACGAGUGCUGAGACCUCUCAAACUGGUGUCAGGAAUCCCUAGUCUACAGGUGGUGUUGAAGUCCAUAAUGAAGGCCAUGGUUCCUCUGCUGCAGAUCGGCUUGCUGCUCUUCUUUGCCAUUGUCAUGUUCGCCAUUAUAGGAGUGGAACUCUACAUGGGCAAGUUUCAGAAGGCAUGCUUCAAACAGGGCACAGAGGAGCUUGCUGCUGAUUACCCAUGUGGCCCGGAUUCUCCAUCUAGGCUGUGUCCCAAUGGCACAGAGUGUAGAAUAGGCAGCGCGUGGAAAGGGCCAAACUACGGCAUCACUAACUUUGACAACAUCUUGUUCGCCAUACUCACUGUUUUCCAGUGCAUCACCAUGGAAGGAUGGACCGAUAUCCUUUACGACACCAAUGAUGCCUUGGGCAACACAUGGAACUGGAUGUACUUCAUCCCCCUCAUCAUCAUCGGCUCCUUCUUCAUGCUCAACCUAGUGCUGGGUGUCUUAUCAGGAGAAUUUGCCAAGGAAAGAGAACGUGUAGAGAAGAGACAGGAGUUUCUGAAGCUACGCAGGCAACAACAAAUUGAGAGAGAGUUGACUGGCUACCUGGAGUGGAUAUGUAAAGCAGAGGAGGUGCUGCUGGCAGAGGAAGACCAGAAUGCAGAAGAGAAAUCUCCACUGGAUGGAGCGUGGUACAAGAGGAAACAGAACAAUCCGGUGUUGAAAAGAGCAAAGGUCAAGAAGGGGAAGAAUGACCUCAUCAGUGCCGAAGAGGGUGAGGAACACUUUACAGACAUUUCUUCAGUUGCACCCCCUGGAUCUCCCUUUGCCCGGGCCAGCCUGAAAAGCAACAAGAACGAAAGCUCAUCAUACUUCCGCCGCAAGGAGAAACGAGCGCGCUUCUUCAUUCGCCGCAUGGUGAAAGCCCAAAGCUUCUACUGGAUUGUUUUGUGCAUAGUGGGCUUGAACACGCUUUGCGUGGCCAUGGUUCACUACGACCAGCCUAAGGGGCUCACCAAAGCACUCUGUUGGGCAGAGUUUGUGUUCCUGGGUCUGUUUCUAUGCGAGAUGACGUUGAAGAUGUACGGCCUGGGGCCCAGGAACUACUUUCACUCCUCAUUCAACUGCUUUGACUUUGGGGUCAUUGUGGGGAGUAUAUUUGAGGUGGUGUUGGCAACCAGCCAAAAUGGAGCCUCUUUCGGUAUUAGCGUCUUGAGGGCUCUACGCUUGCUCCGAAUAUUUAAAGUGACCAAGUAUUGGAACUCUCUGAGGAAUCUGGUGGUGUCUCUGCUCAACUCAAUGAAAUCCAUUAUCAGCUUGCUCUUCCUCCUCUUCCUCUUUAUUGUGGUCUUUGCUUUGCUGGGCAUGCAGCUCUUUGGAGGACAGUUUAAUUUUGAUAACGAAACACCUACUACCAAUUUUGACAACUUCCCUUCUGCCAUAAUGACCGUAUUUCAGAUUUUGACAGGAGAAGACUGGAAUGCCGUGAUGUAUCAUGGGAUUGAGUCUCAGGGCGGCGUCCCGCUUGGGAUGUUCUCCUCCGUUUACUUCAUCAUUCUUACUCUCUUUGGAAACUACACUCUUCUUAAUGUGUUCUUGGCUAUCGCUGUCGAUAACCUUGCCAAUGCUCAGGAGCUGACAAAGGAUGAAGAGGAGCAAGAGGAAGCAGCCAAAAAGAGCAUAGCACUGCAGAAGGCCAUGGAGGUGAAGGAGGUUAGCCCGAUGUCAGCAGCUAACAUUUCCAUCGCAGCUUUUGUAAAGCAAAAUCGAGAUGUGCUCUCUCGCAGCUCUUCCGUCAGCAGCGUUCACUCACUCAAAGAGCAGACGCGCUCACUCCAGAAAAUGUCUAUCUGGGAGCAGCGCACUUCACAGCUACGUCGCCACAACCUGCGCAACAGCAGUGAAGCACUGUACAGCGAACUGGAGCCGGAAGAUCGGCUGCGCAUGUCCUCAGCGCUACACCUGCGGCCCGAUAUGAAGGCGCACCACGAUCGGCCCUUGCUGGUGGAUAAAUCGCACCCACCGGAUGGCACGGACACCCUCGAGGAGGCACCUGCAAACAAACACCACCGGUGCCGUGGAGAGAACCGAGAGUCUGUAGAAGGACGCCGACAUCGGCACCAUCGUGGCAGUGAACACAGAGGGCACCAGGAUGGAGGACACAGGAACCAGACAGAGGAUUGUGAUGAUGACAGGGAGCACCAUCACCACCAUUCUCACCGCUCCCGUGAGACUGAUGGUGAUAGCAGUAAUGGAGUGAAAGGAGAGAGAAAUCUGAGAGGCCACAGAGAGGGUGAAGCAGGAAAUGGUGAGAGGAGGAGACACAGGCCUCGCAUCAAAGCUCAAACCACACUUGACAAGGAGGAGAACAGGGACAACAAAGAGAGAGAUACUCCAAGCCACAGGGACAGGCUUAAUGAUGCAGAGGGUGAUGGCUUGAGCUUGAGUCCUGUCCCCUCUCCUACUGAGAGACAAGAGGAUUCGGAUAACCUUAAAAACAGCACCAAGGCUAGAUCAACAGCAGUCAGCAUCCCUGUUACGGUCACUGCCCCACCAGGAGACACCACCAUCAUUCCCAUGAAUAACAUAGAUGGUGAGCGCCUUCUCCUGAAUGAGGAAAAGAAGGAUCUGGAUGAGCUGAAUCAGAACGCUCCAAAACGCAUCUUACCCUACAGCUCUAUGUUUGUGUUUGGUCAGUCCAAUCCCGUACGAAGGUUGUGUCACUAUGUGGUGAACUUGCGUUACUUUGAGAUGUGCAUUCUCGUUGUGAUUACCAUGAGCAGCAUCGCACUGGCUGCUGAAGACCCUGUGAAUACUACUGCUUUUCGGAACAAUGUGCUAAAAUACUUAGAUUACAUCUUUACCGGCGUGUUCACAUUUGAAAUGGUGAUAAAGAUGAUUGACCUCGGACUGCUUCUCCACCCCGGCUCCUACUUCAGAGACCUGUGGAAUAUUCUAGACUUCAUUGUGGUCAGCGGUGCCCUGGUGGCUUUUGCCUGCACGAGCUUCAUGGGAGGGACCAAAGGCAAGGACAUCAACACCAUCAAAUCCCUCAGGGUCCUCCGUGUGCUCCGGCCUCUGAAGACCAUCAAAAGGCUACCUAAACUAAAGGCUGUGUUCGACUGUGUGGUGAACUCUCUGAAGAACGUGCUUAACAUCCUCAUCGUCUACAUCCUCUUCAUGUUCAUCUUUGCCGUUAUCGCCGUGCAGCUCUUCAAGGGAAAAUUCUUCUACUGCACAGACGAAUCUAAAGCUACUGAGAAGGACUGCAGAGGUCAGUUUCUGGAUUACGAUGGAGACAAAGUGGAAGCCAAGGCACGUGUAUGGAAGAAAUAUGAUUUUCACUAUGACAACGUGCUGUGGGCUUUCCUCACUCUCUUCACCGUUUCCACAGGAGAGGGUUGGCCUAUGGUGCUGAAACAUUCUGUAGAUGCCACUCAUGAAGACCAUGGCCCAAGCCCAGGCUUCCGCAUGGAGAUGUCCAUCUUUUAUGUGGUCUACUUUGUGGUCUUCCCGUUUUUCUUCGUCAACAUUUUCGUAGCCUUGAUCAUCAUCACGUUCCAGGAGCAAGGGGACAAAGCCAUGUCUGAGUGCAGCUUGGAGAAGAAUGAGCGGGCAUGCAUUGACUUUGCCAUUAAUGCCAAGCCCCUGACUCGCUACAUGCCUCAGGAUAAGCAGUCCUUCCAGUACAAGAUGUGGAAGUUUGUGGUUUCAACACCGUUUGAAUAUUCCAUCCUGACUAUGAUCGCAAUCAAUACUGUGGUUCUCAUGAUGAAGUUUAGUACCGCUUCGAAGCCUUAUGAAGACAUGCUGAAGUGGCUGAACAUCAUCUUCACUGCCCUUUUUACCCUGGAAUGUAUCCUGAAGAUCAUCGCUUUUGGGCUGCUGAACUAUCUAAAGGAAGCCUGGAACAUAUUCGAUUUUGUAACAGUACUGGGCAGUAUCACUGACAUCCUGGUCACUGAAAUUAUGACGCAGAACAAGCUGAUCAAUCUUAGCUUUCUGAGGCUGUUUCGAGCUGCUCGUCUCAUCAAACUCCUGAGACAAGGCUACACCAUCCGUAUCCUGCUCUGGACCUUUGUCCAGUCAUUUAAGGCACUGCCAUAUGUGUGUCUGCUCAUUGCCAUGCUCUUCUUUAUCUACGCCAUCAUUGGGAUGCAGGUGUUUGGAAACAUUGAGUUAAGCUAUGAUUCAGCAAUCAAUCAUCACAACAACUUCCAGACCUUCUUUCAGGCACUCAUGCUACUCUUCAGAAGUGCCACAGGCGAGGCGUGGCAUGACAUUAUGCUGUCAUGUUUGGGUGGCAAGAAAUGUGACAAGCUCUCAGGUUCCAAUGACAAUGGGUGUGGCAGUGAUUUUGCAUACUUCUAUUUUGUCUCCUUCAUCUUCCUCUGCUCCUUCCUGAUGCUAAAUUUGUUCGUGGCUGUCAUCAUGGACAACUUUGAGUACUUGACGCGAGAUGCUUCCAUCCUCGGUCCUCACCAUCUGGAUGAGUUCAUCCGCGUCUGGGCAGAUUACGACCCUGCUGCCUGUGGGCGCAUAUCCUACCUCGAUAUGUACGAAAUGCUGCGUCACAUGUCCCCUCCGCUAGGUUUGGGAAAGAAAUGUCCAUCACGAGUUGCCUACAAGCGCUUGGUGAGGAUGAACAUGCCCAUUGCUGAUGACAACACAGUCCACUUCACAUCCACGCUGAUGGCUCUCAUACGCACCGCCCUGGAUAUCAAACUGGCAUCAGGUGUUCUUGCCCAGUGUCUCUGUGAUGCUGACUUGAAGAGGGAGAUAAAUAAAGUGUGGCCCAACCUGUCAUCCAAAACCGUGGACUUGCUGGUGACACCCCAUAAACAUAACGAGUUGACGGUUGGGAAAGUGUAUGCUGCGCUGAUGAUCUUUGAUUACUACAAGCAGAAUCGAGCCAAAAGACUCCAGGAGCAGCAGUCCACUUCCGGAGCACUGGGUAAAAUGGGGUCUCUGUUCAAGCCCAUGUUGCCCCUCACUCACAUACAUGAUCAAGAGCCAUCACUCAGGAGUGGCAAACUGCAACCUCCUUCCCAAACCGAUUCAUCUCCACAUCCAGAAUUUAUGCCCACAACCCCUCUCUUGACCAACGGGGAGCCAGCAAAAAGCAGUACCAUGAAGAUUUCUCAUUCGGCAGAGACGCUUCAGGAGGGCAAGAAUUCUGUCUAUUCAGAAGAUGUGCCAAAAACUGAAUCUCAGGAAUUAGUAGAGAUGACGGAUAUGGAGAAUAAUUCUGAUGUAGUGGGUUUCUCCACACUGGAGGGCCACGGGAGGGCAGCCUCAAUGCCCAGACUUAGUGCAGGCUUCCAGCGGAGCCAGUUGCGCCACACCACCGGGAUGUACCUAGCACCCAUCACGGACAGCAGUCCCAUGCGGCGUUCAGCCUCUUCUUUGGCUUCUCAGAGAGGAGGAACAGAGUUGAAUUUGAGGGACUAUACGUUGGAGCGGCCCCCGGCAGCACAGACUCAGGAGAAAGAAAGAGACAAAGUGCACCAACAUCACCAUCAUCAUCAUCAUCGAUGUCACCGCCGCCGAGACAAGAAGCAUAAAUCCCUUGACCGAGCUAUCAGUGAAGAACAGCCUGCCUCUUUGGAUCCAGCACCGGAUCUAAUCACUGAUCCGCGGGAUCGAGCACGUGAAUGGGACAGAGACCGAGGUCGCUCUCAAGAGCGGAAGCACCACUCGUCCUCUGCCCCAGAUAGAAAGCAACGUUACUAUUCCUGUGAUCGUUAUGGAAACAGAGAGCACUUUCACAGCCGAUCACCUGGGCCAAGCAGAUCGACAUCACCCGGAGAUCCACAAGAACCCAACAGAUUCAAAACGGGUGUUAACUCAGCUAAGGGUAGCUCGAUGGUCUUUACCUCAGGCACCAGUACACCAUGCCGUGGACGAAGACAGCUCCCUCAGACACCGCUCACCCCAAGGCCUGCAGUGGCCUUUAAGUCUACCAGCUCUUCUCCAUUGCAGAUGGCUGCCACACGCUCAUCCGGGCCAGUCCCCACCUACCUGAGUCGAGGGCAGUCAGAGCACGAUGCCUUGCUCGGCAUCACUCACCAACCAUCUCCUGUGCCUGUUACUCGAAUCGGAUCUGACCCCAACCUCGGCCCCCUGCAGCGAGACCCACACCUGUCAGAGGCCGAAGAUUUCCACGAUGCUUUGAGCACCUACAGCUCAGGACGUUUUCCAAGAACAGUCUCUGCCACCCAUUCAUCCACAGGGGCGGUGCCAUCCAUGCUUCAGCAGAGUCAGAGUGGAGUACCUAACGGGUACCACUUUACCCUUGGAGUUAGUACAUCUCUGGGCUCCAGUACCAGGAUUUCCCCAAGCUAUCAUGAUACAGAUAAAGAUGACUGGUGCUGAUGAAAUGGUAACCAAUAUAUGUCUUAAACGUAUCUUUAAAAUGUGCAGGAUGAGUUUUAUCAUCUUUGCCUCAAGAUAGUCAUACAUUUGGGUCAUGACUGUGUGAAGGUAGAAUGGAAUCCUGAGGCGCUCUAGACGACGGGUUGUGUUAAAUUUUUUCAUGAACGUGGUAUGACGAUAUUCCUUCUUGUCAGUCUCUCGAUACAGUUUGUGAAAAUAUGAGUGCCAUGAUGAAUUUGAUAAAGCAAGGUGAGCUCUGUCUGCCACUGAAGAGGAGAAAUAGUUCAGCAAUGCCCUCUGCUCUCUGAAAUCAAAUGAAUAGGGCUAAACUCGGCAGAGGGCAGAGAGAUACAGCCAUGUUUGAUUAGAAAGCACAAUCUAUAAUGGAAGUGCAGGACUUCUGCUCAUCUAUAUGGUAUUGUUAAGAACCUGGACCUCUCUUUAUGUCUUUAAAAAAAACAAAACAUAAAUCCUUGGUUUUGUCCAGGUUCUUAAUCUUCAUAUUUUUCCCCUGCUGCUGCUUCAAGCUGUUUCUUCCUCUUGAAAGUGGCACAGAUAUAAUGGUCCCAGUAGCUAAAUUGUAAUUUGUUUUAUAAGAGAUUGCAGUAGAGUGAGCAUCUAUUAACAGUGUUCUUUUUUUUUUUGUACCUUGUACAUGAAGUGUGUAGCUGGGUAUCCUGUAAGGUCUACUCUUUUUAAAAAAAAUAAUAAAAUCAAAUAAAAUUACCCUCAAGUGGUAAACUACCAAGUGCCUAACCUUUGAGGUUAACUACUGUAUGAGUAUGAUGUACCAUGAGGCAUUAUUAACCUGAGAAAGGCAAAUACUGGAUACUGUACAUUGUAGGUAAAAUGUCACAGAUAUUUGUUCUUUAUAUUUAUCACAGCAUGUUAUGAAGACAGAGAUUAUGACGUUGCACAAAAGAGAGAAUAUAAGUGAGAUUUUUUUAUAGAUGUUUGUCUGAAAGUAUGGCACGUGAGUAAAAAAAAUCUGUAAGCUGCAGGGACGAUAGCAUCGAAAACGUAGCUUCAAGAAGGUACUGUAACUAUGAACUAUAAGGAAUUGAAUGACGCUGAAAAACGUUUUCACUAUGUCUGGAUCGAAUGCAUGUUGGGAGAUUCUACACUUGGUGUUGGUGUUGUUGUAACUGCAUUGUGUGAUGUACAAUUUUAUUUUGCCAAAGAGUACAUGGUGAGCUCUUGCCUUUCUAGUAUUAGACUGAUUUAAUUACAUGGAGUCAAGAAAGACAUGAUACAUUUCGGUAGGAAUAUAAAAUAACAUUCCGAAAAAUCUAUAUAUUUCAGUAAAAUCAUGUCCGUUUUGAUCAUACUAUCAAAUUUAACAUAUUACUGUACCCUUUCAUAGUAAAGAAGGAAGAUGUGGUUCUUUGGUAACAUUUGGGUGACUUUGAUAGCUUCCAAACAUCGUCAUCAAAUCAUUGUAUAAGACAAAAUAAUAUUUAUUUGUAACACAUGCUCACAAGCCACUCUAAUAAGAACAUCUGUACAACUGAACCUUCAAGCAGUUUUCCAUUCAGCCAAUCGUGUGACAGGUCAAGAGAUUUAGUUAAAGUUGACUAAAUAUCUACUUGAUAUUUAGUCAAUAUUUAGUAAAAUAUCUACUUGAGGGAAAAAAAAUCUCUGAGUGACCUGGCUUGGUUGUUGGUGCUGGACAGGUUUGAGUAUUUCAGGAGUUGCUGAACCUCUAAUAUUUUCAUGUGCACAACCCUCUCUAAAAAUACACAGAACCAUUUGAAUAUAUCUAGUGACAGAUCUGUAGUUUUUAAUGUCUCGUUGAUGAAAGAGGUCAGAAGAGAAAGCCUAUGGUACUAUGAAGCAGUGGGGCUACAGCCAAGAACAGGGAUCUAAUGCUAAAGUGGAUACAUACAGAAACAAGACAGCUGAAAAUUUGAGCAACCUUGUCUAUGGUUUUAACAAUAUUCAGCUGUCUAGUUUUGGUGAUUCUGUACUUGCUGUAACCUCAGAUUUUUGUUCUUUCGAUAACAGGAGUGGAAGCUGAUGUAGGUUUCUGCUGUUGUAGGACACCAGACUCAAGACUUAACAUGUUUUGUAUUCUGGGAUGCUUUUCAGCAUGGUUGUAGUGAUUAUUAGUUACCUUAGCAUUCAUUUCUACCAGGAGAGCGUCCCUCACUUUCUCCAGAACACCACAAGUCAAACUACACUUACAGCAAAGCCACAAAGUCACCGAGAUGACAUUUCUCCCUAGUUCUAAUGCAUGAUGUGAACAUUAGAUUAGAUUAGAUUAGAUUAGAUUCAACUUUAUUAUCAUUAAACUUGUACAAGUACAAGGCAACGAAAUGCAGUUUAGGUCUAACCAGAGUGCAAUAGCAGCAAGUGCAGGAUAUACAGUUUUUACAAGAUUUA